AUGAAUGUGUAUACGAGUCACAGACAGACAGACAGACAGAGAGUGAUUGGCCGAGUGGGGGAGUGGACUGCACGACUGCUGGGCUGGGCAGGCAAGUCCGCAGGGCCGGCGGCUGACCCUCUGGGGCCGGGCUGCCGCCGCAGCCCCCGGGCGGGACCCCUCCUGCUCCGGGGGCAGCUCUGCUGUGUCCUUACGGCCCUUCCCUGGCCGGGGGAGGCCCACCGCACUCUCAGGGGCGGUCCGUACCUCCAGGCCCCUGACUGCCGAGCUGACCACACGGACGGGAUCCCUUCACAGCACCCCCAGGACUCCGCGGAAGGACCUCUGACCAAGCCCAGGGCACCCCUGUCCUCCGACCGGCCCUUGCUCGUGGCCUCCGGGCCACUGCCUUCACCUGCCCACAGGGGAGGGGCAGCCGGGGCCCAGUCUGCACAGGGCAGCCUGGCUCCCCCACGGCAUGAGGGCGCGUUCCAGGGCAGCCGGACGGCAGAGGCCGCCCGGUCUCCUGAGGUCAGGCCCGGACCUGGCCCGCGUCCGUUCCGCCAGGUUCUGUCGGGCACACACGUCCCAGGGCCCGUCCAGACCCGGCAGGCGGGCCCUACAGAAGAUCACCGGCAGGUGUGCUCCCCGGGGCCGCCACGCGAAGGCCGGGCCCAGACUUGGGGAGGGGAGGGCCCCAAAUUCCUCGCAGCACGGGCACGAGUCCUGGUGCGGCUCCAGGCCGGGCCACGGGGGCUCCCCCACGUCCCCCCACCUGCUGUUCACGGGGGCCUGGGGGGCUGCCGUGACCGGACCGGGCCCUGUUCGGAGGGGAAGGCGCAGGGGCUCAGAACGGACUUCUCGGAUGGAAGCUGGCCCUGGACGGGACGGGACCGGCGGUGGGGGCUCGUCAACACAUCUCACAACGUCCCUCCUGAGGAGGCGCUCCUGUGCCUAGGCCACCCUCGUCCCCGAGCUGCAGGCCCCCAGCCCACGGGGGUGAGGGACGUUUGCAUCCUCCCAGCACCACAGAGGCCAGCGGGGCGGGUGUGCUGUGUGUGAGCACCGGUGACGGGCCUGGGUGUGGCUCCCAGGCUCCCCUCGCGCCCCCUCUGUGGCCAAAGGACAAGACUGUGGGACGUGGACAUGGGAGCGAGAGACCAAGGGCAAACCCAGCUUUCCGGAAGCUGGGCAACCGCAGCAAGGGAGCCGGCGGGCUGCAGGUCCCGGCAGGCUGGGGGCCGCCCCCCUGCACGACUGAGCCGGGGCUCCAGGAAACAGGACCCCCUCACACUCGCCUCGGGGACGGGGUCACCCCCAGACACUGCCCAGAAGCGGGACAGGUGGUCUGCACACCCCCAGAAGGAGCACUCUCUGCCCGUGGGUUUAGGUGCCCGAGGCAGGAGUGGACGGCAGGCUGGGCUCUUGCAGGACGUCCGACACGAGAGGGAACACGUCUGCACCUCCGUGCGGGAGCGUGUCGUUGCUAUUGGUUCACGUUUUCAGAGUGGCUUCACUCCGAGCGUUUCCACAUUCCCCUCCCCCUACACGUGCACAGCCUCCCCGUGAUACGUGUCCCUCACCACGGAGGGACGAUUGUCACAGUGACAGCCAAAGGCUGUGGUUUGCAUUAGGGGUCGCUCUUGGUGUGGCGUGUUCUGUGGUCCGGCUGCUGAGUGACGUGUGGGCAUGUACCCAUCACAACACCCGACAGCGCAGGCCCGCCGGGCCCCGCCUGCUUGUCCGGGGCCCCGCAGGCCCCGGCACCGCUCACGGCUCGCUGUCUCCGUGGUCUCGCCCUGUCCGGAGUGUCGCAGAGCGGGGAGUCUCAGAUCACGUGGCCUUUCUGGACCGGCUUCUUUCACUCAGCGACGGGCACUCAAGCUCCCUCCGUGCCUGCGCAUCACCUCGCAGCUCCCUUUUCGGCGCUGCGUAAUAUUCCAUUGUCUGCACCGACCACAGCCUGCCCUUCCCCCACCUCCACAAGGGCAUCUGGGCUGCUUCCCCUGCACGGACCACAGCCUGUC